UCCAACUGGAAAUGGAAACUUGAUCAUGCCGGAUCUUUGCAUAUAUCCAAGUCCGAGGAUUGUUCCUCCACCUGGCGUCCCACAUCCCGGACCUCCACCCAGCAGUCCAGACGGCAACGCGCAUGCUCGAAUAAUUUGCGAAGUUGCAAAUUUUCAAUCCACUCGAAGUUUGAUCACAAAGUGUAAUGAAUGGCUACGAGAAAGCUACGUACGUUAUGUUAUUGGUAUCAAGCUACAUAGCAAAAGCAAGGUUGCAAAGAAUGCCCAAGGGCAAUGGCACAGGGCUAUGACAGCCAUGCUUUGGCAACAAGGUGUAGCGCAAGUCAGUGAGUGGGAUUUCGGAUCUUAUAAGGCUGGAAGCCCAACCCAUGCUCCUACUGGCUGUAAUGCACUAGGCCUUGCACAAUUUCAAAUUAAUAUUCCAGUUUCAGAU